GAGAAGCACGAGAAGGGGAGAUGCGUGUCCUUUUUGUAAUUUGAAAGAGACCUAAGUACAUUUUUUUGAGGAGUGCGGAUGGUCAGGUAGAGUUUGGCGGGGGACAUAUUUAGCAGAAUGGUUCGAGAUGAGGGGAAGCGAUGAUUGCCUGGAAUGGGUGUCAAAAGUUGCAAGAACGGCAAAGGAUGAAGAGUUUGCGGAGUGGAGUGUGCUAUUAUGGUACUUAUGGAAGGAGCGCAAUGCGCAUUUGUUCAAUAGAGCAAAGUUGCCGGAGGAGGAGAUUGCGAUGAGGGCGCAAGCCUUUCUAAAUGAUUACCGACAAUACCAAGAGGUGUUGCAAGAAGGAAAUGCUCCAGCUAUGAUACAGGGAUGGAAACGACCAAACCCAGGCAUGAUUAAAGUAAAUGUGGACUUAGGUGUGGUUGAUGGCGGCAUGGGUUUGGUGGUGGUGAUCCGGAAUGCUGGGGGAAGUUUUGUUCUCGCUGCGGCAAAGAUGAUUAGGGACAGAAGGGAUCCGAAAAUGGGUGAGGCCCUCGCGGGUGAGUUUGGGUUGAUGUUAGUAAGACAACACCAGCUGGGAAUCCCUAUCCUUGAGACGGACUGCUUGAAUUUUGUCAGUAGGUUGUCAAUGGCAGAUCACGUCCACACCGAGCUGGGAGUGGUUUGUUGGAACAUCCGCCGGCUUUAGGAGACGACAGGUGGAGGAAGUUGGGGACACGCUAAUAGGAAGGCAAAUGAGGCAGUUCAUAUUAUGGCGCAUGUUAAAAUGAGGCUUAAUGAAGCCGAGGUGUGGUUCGAUAGAUCCCCUAUGUGUUUGCUUGAUCAGCUGAAGCUGGACGAUGUAACAGUUUUCGCUGAUUAAUAAAGCUCCGUGCAGAUUAUUAUAAAAAAAAAUGAAUUCCCUGUGUCCCAGAUCAUAAUCACAUUACAACCUAAAAAAAAGACCGUUAGACAAGUUAAUUUGGCGAACCAUUUUAUGGAGAUUCGAUUAAACUGCAAAUAUCUUGAGCCUCACUUCAAGACAAAGAGAUAAUAAUAGUGCUGAGAAUUAUUGAGAUGUACAUCUUUCAAAUAAAUUAUUGUCUUGACU